GGGGCGACAGGCAUCGGGUCCCCAGGCGGGGCGACAGGCAUCGGGCCCCCAGGCGGAGCGGCGGGCGCUGGGCCCCCAGGAGAGGCGACAGGCAUCGGGCCCCCAGGAGAGGCGACAGGCAUCCGGCCCCCAGGCGGAGCGGCGGGCACCGGACCCACAGGCGGAGCGACAGGUCUCGGGCCAUCAGGCGGAGCGGCGGGCGCCGGACCCCCAGGUGGAGCGACAGGUCUCGGGCCCUCAGGCGGAGCGGCGGGCGCCGGACCCCCAGGCGGAGCGACAGGUCUCGGGCCCUCAGGCGGAGCGGCGGGCGCCGGACCCCCAGACGGAGCGACAGGUCUCAGGCCCCCAGGCGGAGCGGCGGGCGCCGGGACCCCAGGCGGAGCGACAGGUCUCAGGCCCCCAGGCGGAGCGACAGGUACCAAGUCACCAGGCACGACAGUGGGCUCCGAGUCAACUGGCAUGACCGCUGGCACUGGGUCAGACAUUGGAUCGUCUGGCUGGACAGCGGGCAUCGGGUCACCAGGCAUCAGGUCACUUGGCUCGACAGCGGGCACCGCGUCAUCUGGCAAGGCAGUGGGCUCCGAGUCAACUGGCAUGACCGCGGGCACUGGGUCAGACAUUGGAUCGUCUGGCUGGACAGCGGGC